AGGAAAUGACGCUGGGUUGCCUGUCUGGGUUGUAAACAAGGAGCUAUCGCAGCGGCUCCAUUUUAUAUUGUCAGACACCGAGGCCGACAUGGGGGGAGUCCUAGGCCUUUGCUCUGCUGCCAGCUGGAUUCCUUGCCUUUGUGGCAGCGCACCAUGUCUCCUCUGUCGCUGCUGUCCAAGUGGGAACAGUUCCACAGUUACUCGACUCAUCUACGCCUUCUUUUUGCUUCUUGGGGUUGCAGUUGCUUGCGUGAUGUUGUUUCCAGGAAUGGAGGAGCAUCUAAAAAAGAUUCCUGGCUUCUGUGAGGGAGGAAUGGGAUCUUCAAUUCCCGGAGUGAGCGGACAUGUGAACUGUGACGUGCUGGUCGGAUACAAGGCGGUGUAUCGCGUGUGCUUCGGAAUGGCCAUGUUUUUCCUUCUCUUUUCCCUUCUUAUGAUUAAAGUGAAGAGUAGCCAGGAUCCACGUGCUGCCGUGCAUAACGGCUUUUGGUUCUUUAAGUUUGCGGCAGCCGUUGGAAUUACUGUUGGAGCGUUUUUCAUCCCUGAAGGACCUUUCACCACAGUGUGGUUCUACGUCGGCAUGGGUGGCGCAUUUUGCUUCAUACUCAUCCAGCUUGUUUUACUGAUUGAUUUUGCCCAUUCUUGGAAUGAAUCCUGGGUUGAAAAGAUGGAGGAAGGAAAUUCUCGUUGCUGGUAUGCAGCUCUGCUGUCGGCCACCGCUAUUAACUAUGCCCUGUCAGUGGUAGCCAUAGUGCUCUUCUAUGUGUACUACACUCAUCCCGAAGGCUGCUCUGAAAAUAAAGCUUUUAUCAGUGUGAAUUUGCUUCUGUGCAUUGGAGCUUCUAUAAUGUCUGUUCUACCUAAAAUUCAGGAAUCUCAGCCCAGAUCUGGCCUGCUGCAGUCUUCUGUGAUAACCAUUUACACCAUGUAUCUGACUUGGUCUGCCAUGACCAAUGAGCCCGAUAGGAAAUGCAAUCCCAGCUUGCUCAGCAUCAUUGGCUACAAUUCCACCACCACUCCAGGUCAGGUCCAGGUAGUGCAGUGGUGGGAUGCUCAAGGAAUUGUUGGACUGGUUCUUUUCUUGCUCUGCGUCUUAUACUCUAGCAUUCGGACAUCAACCAACAGCCAGGUGAAUAAGCUGACCCUGACUAGUGAUGAAUCCACACUGAUAGAAGAUGGUAGCAGAAGUGACGGGUCCUUGGGGGAUUCUGAUGAUUCGCACCGUGCUGUUGACAAUGAGCGGGAUGGAGUUACCUACAGCUACUCCUUCUUUCACUUCAUGCUUUUCCUGGCCUCUCUUUACAUCAUGAUGACCCUCACCAAUUGGUACAGCCCCGACUCUUCUUACAAGACUAUGACUAGCAAAUGGCCGUCGGUUUGGGUGAAAAUUUCAUCAAGCUGGGUGUGCAUUGUCCUGUACGUCUGGACCCUGCUUGCUCCACUGGUGCUGAGCAAUCGUGACUUUGACUAGGGAGAUGAAUUCAGUAGAGUAUGCAGUAUGUCACCAUGUGCCAGGAGCACUAAGUGUGUAUAGUAACAUAUGCCAGUUUUGCAUGUUUUUUUUUUUCCCCCGCUUGCAUGAUGCUGCAGUUUGUCCUGUAAGGUUAGUCAUUUGAAGCUUACACUCCAUAGAAAAGGCAUCUCAUUCCAACUGCGGUAUGUUUAACUGUGAUAGCGUAAGAGACUGCAUCUGAGGUGAUACAUGUGGUAAGAAAACCAAUGGAGGAGACAUCACUGUGCUGGUCAGGCAGAUUGGAACGUGUCACACUAUGGCGGUAUGGCAGUAUAAGAAUACAUACUCAGGUCAUUGGCAGAAAACCUGUACACUCUUAUGAUUUAUAGGAACCCUCCAGUUAGCACUGCCAUAGCUACAUAUGUGUACGGGAAGUAGUUUUAGAUGAGUUGUGACAUCACGAGUUGACCAUUACAUUUGUCUGGAACUCCGCACUGAAGAAUGGAUAACUAGACGAGAGGUUGUAUGGGCACUUGUCAUUUGUAUAUAGGUCAGUAUUGUAACCUGGGGUGGACUCCUGGUUUUUCCACUAUUUUUGUGUUGACUCUAUAGUAGUAUAAUGUAAGUGUGAUGAUUUUGUAUAUGUGAUCCUUUUUUCAGCUUUAUUUUGGAACCUAAGAUCAUUGUGACUUCAGAUCCUUUGUUUUGUUUGUAUUUAGCACUGUGGAAAUAUUUGAAGUAUUGUCUUACUAAAUAAAGCAAAGACUUCUACUGCAACACA